AUGGUGAACUUCAAUCCCGACCAAGACAUUCCCGAUCUCUCAGGCAAGGUUAUUCUUGUCACUGGAGGCAACAAUGGCCUCGGGAAGGAGACGGUGCUGCAACUCUGCAAGCAUAAUCCGGCCAUGAUCUUCCUGGCGGCCAGAUCCGAGUCCAAGGCCCUCGACGCCAUUGCGGACAUUCGGAAGACCGUCCCCGACGCGGCACCCAUCACAUACCUCCGUCUCGACCUGGCAUCCUUCGAUAGUAUCAAGAAGGCAGUGGCCGACUUUCACGCCCAGGCAGACCGGCUCGAUCUCCUCAUCAACAACGCCGGCAUCUGUGCCCAGCCGCCCGGCACAACCAAGGACGGCUACGAGCUCCACUUCGGCACCAACCACCUCGGCCACGCCCUGCUCACCAAGCUCCUCCUGCCGACGCUCCUCAAGACGGCCGCCGCCCCGUCGCCGCCGCCGCCGCACGACGUGCGCAUCAUCACCAUUGCCUCCUCAGCCGAGGCCUGGGCCCCCUUCCUCGACCCCGGCGCGUUCGACACGCUGAGGACGGACAUGGCCGCCCUCUCGGGCUUUGCCCGCUACAGCCUCUCCAAGGUGGCCAACAUUCUGCACGCCCACGCCCUGGCGGUGCGUCACCCAGCGCUCCGCUCCGUGGCGCUGCACCCGGGCGUCGUCAACACGAACAUCACCAACGGCGUCGCGGCCAGCUGGCCGAUCCUCGCGCCGCUCGUGCGCUUCGUCCGCCUCGUCGGGGACGUCCUGCAGACGCCCGUCGCGGCGGGCGCCAAGACGCAGCUGUGGGCUGCCGUCAGCCCCGAGGCGGAGUCGGGCGAGUUUUAUUUUCCCGUCGGUGUCCCUGGCAAGGCGUCGAAGCAUGCGCGCGAUCGAGAGAUGGAGGAGGCGCUGUGGGCGUGGACGGAGAGGGAGCUGGAGCGGCAUAUGGAUACUGCCGCGGCGUAG